AUGGGAUUCACACUGAGGCGCUUACUUGGUGUCAAACCGCCAAAAGCCUCCAUUCUGCUGCCUUUCCUCGCCCCGAUCCUAAUGGUCGGCGGCCAACAAGGCGACAGCAGCGCUGCUAUGGAUAACGUCGUUACGGAGCGGAUGGCUGAGGAGAGCCACCGACAGGACAGUGCCUACCUGCUGAUCUUCAUCAUGCUGCUAACGCUCACCAUCCUCACCAUAUGGCUUUUCAAGCACCGCCGGUUCAGGUUCCUCCAUGAAACAGGGCUCGCUAUGAUCUACGGUCUCUUGGUGGGUGUGAUCCUGCGCUAUGGCAUCCAUGUGCCCCAGAGCAUGAGCGACGUGGUCCUCGAAUGUGCCGUCAACGCCAGCCCCGCCACUUUGCUGGUCAAUGUCAGCGGAAGGUUCUACGAGUACACGCUUAAAGGGGAAGUGAGCCGAGGCAAGGACCACCAAGUGCAGGACGAUGAGAUGCUGCGAAAGGUGACCUUUGACCCAGAGGUGUUUUUCAACAUUUUGCUCCCUCCUAUAAUCUUCCAUGCUGGUUACAGCCUAAAAAGGAGGCAUUUCUUCAGAAACAUUGGCUCAAUCCUGGCCUAUGCUUUUAUUGGAACAGUCAUAUCCUGCUUUUUUAUCGGGCUCAUCAUGUACGGCUUUGUGACUUUUAUGAAAGCUGUUGGCCAGAUCGGUGGGGAUUUUUUCUUUACCGACUGCCUUUUUUUUGGGGCCAUCGUCUCGGCAACAGACCCAGUGACGGUACUAGCAAUCUUCAAUGAGCUGAAGGUAGACGUGGACCUGUAUGCUUUACUGUUUGGAGAGAGCGUUCUCAACGAUGCAGUGGCCAUCGUCCUCUCGUCUUCCAUCGUGGCGUAUCAGCCGGCGGGCGACAACAGCCACAGCUUUGAAGCCAUGGCCGUGCUGAAAUCCUUCGGCGUCUUCCUGGGCGUCUUCAGUGGCUCCUUCUCACUCGGUGUGGCUACUGGAGUCAUGACUGCUCUCGUUACAAAGUUUACUAAGCUGAGGGACUUCCCUUUACUGGAAACGGGCUUAUUUUUCCUGAUGUCGUGGAGCACCUUUCUGUUGGCUGAAGCCUGCGGGAUGACGGGUGUUGUGGCAGUGCUUUUCUGUGGGAUCACUCAGGCUCAUUACACCUACAACAAUCUGUCCCGUGAAUCUCAAGACAGGACUAAACAGCUGUUUGAGCUGCUGAACUUCCUGGCAGAAAACUUUAUCUUCUCCUACAUGGGCCUGACGCUCUUCUCCUUUCAGUCACACGUCUUUAACCCCAUGUUCAUCAUCGGGGCCUUCCUGGCUGUGUUUCUGGGCAGAGCUGCAAACAUCUACCCCCUCUCCUUUCUGCUCAACCUGGGCCGCCGAAAUAAGAUCGGAAUGAACUUUCAACAUGUUAUGAUGUUUGCAGGUCUGCGUGGGGCGAUGACCUUUGCUCUGUCUAUCCGGGACACGGCUACUUACGCCCGGCAGAUGAUGUUUUCAACCACCCUUCUGAUUGUUUUCUUCACUGUAUGGAUCUGUGGAGGGGGCACAACGCCCAUGCUGUCUUUCAUGAGCAUACCAGUGGGGGUGGAUUCUGAUCAAGAAUACUCUAGUUCAGCUGUGUUGGACGGGUCCCAGAGGAGAAGCACCAAACAUGAAAGCGCCUGGCCCUUCAGGAUCUGGUAUACUUUCGACCACAACUACCUGAAGCCCCUCCUGACCCACAGCGGACCGCCUCUCACUGCCACUCUGCCAGCAUGUUGUGGCCCUCUGGCACGAUGCCUCACCAGUCCACAGGCCUAUGAGAAUGAAGGCCGGCUCCAUGAUGACGACUCUGACUUCAUCCUGAACGACGCCAACGUGAGUUCCUUGUACGCAGACGUCACCGUCAGCACCGACGCGUCCGGCUCACGCACCAUCAACCCCAAGCCCUCUGCCGCCGGCCCCUUCGGCGAAAACCGGGAUCGCGAGCUGGACCUGGUGGAGCGCGAGGUGACGAUCCGCGGCACGCGGCUGGUCCUGCCGAUGGACGACCCGGCGGAACCCCCGACGACCGUCACCCUCCCUCCGCCACCCUCUCCCCCGCGCUCUGAUCCUCACAGGCACAGACUGUAAGACGGGGUUUGAUGUUCCAAAAACAAAACAAAGACAUUAACUAACUAAAUGUAGUUCACAUGUAAAAUGAAUCAAACUGCUUUCCUCUAAUACUGCGGUGUUGACUGGACCAACUCUGCGUCUAAGCAGCCUGAAAUCAACGUCACCUUUUCCAAUAUGAGCCCUGCUUGAUUCAGCUCACCACGUUGGUAGAAUCCUGUGAUUAUUGAGGCACUACAUGUAGACUAGGGUACUAAAAUCCUCACAGCCGACCUAAAUGUGUGGCUGCUGUGUGAACUGAUUCAUGUGUACUAUUGCCGUCUCUAAAAGCUCCCAUCUUCUCUGCAUUGUGUCGGUUUAACGCUAAAGCAGAUGGAAAUGUCGGCUUCUCUGGGGUUAGGCUCCCACUGAUGAUUUCUUUUUGUAUUUAUCCAAGUAUUUGAUUUUGUGAUGAUUAUUCACACUAGGGUACGGAAACGAAUCAUAUAAAUAUGUUCUCAGAGACGUUCUGUUUGUUUUCCAUUCCUAAAUCCAAGGUUGGGAUUCUCAGAGCGAAUAGAAAGCGGGAUGCCUUUGAUGGGAGCGAUCCAGAUAUUUGGUACGACCAGCUGGUGUCAGAGGUUUACAGUCACUCUCCCUCUGAGUUUAUGCAUUGGAUUAGGAUUUUAAAGCUAGAUUUGAACCUGUUUUCCAGGAUGAUAUGAUGAUACAUCCAUCAUAUUUUCUUCCUUUGAAUUGGAUUAGCAUAAAUAAACAUAAGAUCCGAA